AUGAAACUAUACUCUAACACUAACGUGGCCACCCACUUGAAGUCCCAGAAUGUGCUUCCAACACUACUGUUGAGUUCUUUGGUCACCUCAUCUGACCGCGAUAACGGGAGUGGCAACAACGACAAUGGGAGUGAUGACAGCAGCGACAAGAACAACGUGAGCGGCAACAAUGCCGACGGGAGCAGCGACAAUGACAACGGGAGCGACAACAACGACAACAAGAGUGGUGGUAGCGGCAAAAGAAGCGGCGACGAUGAUGCAAGCAGCGGUAGCGACGACCCGAGCAGCGACAACGCCAGCGAUGACUCGAGCAGCGACAACGACGACGGUAGCGAUGACAGCGACAACAGGAGCGACGACAUUGGAAACGACGCGGAAGGGUUAGACAAGACCUACAAGGUGAAGGCUAUGACAUAUGUGUCUUUGGACGUAGAGGCAAAUCUCUCAAGGUGGGAGAAAGUGGAGAAAGAAGUGUGA